CACUGUUAUAACUAUUAAUUGAACCACCACAAAUGGCUAAAGCUUUCAUCGGUGCUGCCGUGGAACUGGCACUGUCCAAAGCUAACUCGAUCAUUGACGAGCAGAUCAACCUCGCAUGGGGUUUUCAGGACGAGCUGAACAAGCUACGUGACUCACUAAAUCGGACUCGAGCUUUCUUUCGAGAUGCUGAGAGAAGGCAAGUUGAUGAGACUGUCAAAGUUUGGUUGAAGCAGCUUGAAGAUAUUGCUUACAAGGCCGAUGACCUAUUAGAUGAACUUGCUUACGAAGAUCUUCGAAGGAAGGUGGACACCCGAAAGAGAAUAAAGGUCAGCAACAUCUGUUCCCUCUUCAAAAAUUCCAUGGCUGAAAAGGUUAAGGAAAUUAACCUACGCAUGGAUGAAAUUAUUGAUUGGGGCUCCAAAUUUGGACUCCAACAAAGAGUUCAAAAUGCGGCUCCCAUAUUUAGCGGAGUAGGAAGCACCGACUCCUUCGUUGACUCAUCACGAGUUGUUGGAAGGGAAGCUGAUAUCUCAAGAAUAGUUGAUCUGUUGAUUGGCUCAACCAGUCAACAAACUUUCUCAUUAGUAUCCAUAGUAGGCAUGGCGGGCCUGGGGAAAACUACUUUAGCACAGUCCGUAUGCAAAAAUGAGAAAGUCAAGAAUUAUUUUAAUAAAAUAGUGUGGGUGUGUGUGGCUGAAAAUUUUGAUGUCCCUAGGAUUUUAUUGGAGAUGUUAGAAUCUCUAACUGGGGAAACUUGUGACAUGAAAAAUAAGGAUACCGUACUUCGGAAAAUACAAAAAGAGCUGGAAGGGAAAACCUACCUUCUCGUGCUUGAUGAUGUGUGGGAUGAGAAUUUUAAAAACUGGGAGGACUUAUGGGGUAGAUUGCUGGGAAUAAAUGGAAAUAAACAAAGUAGCAUUCUUGUCACAACUCGUAAUGAAAAUGUUGCAGUGGUGAGGGAAACACCUCAAAGAAAUAGGUAUCCUCUUAAGUCAUUGAUGGAAGAUGAGUGCUGGGCUAUAAUAAAAAAAAGAGCAUUCCAAAACUAUCCAAUAUCUCCAGAAUUGGAAGAUAUUGGAAGGGUUAUUGCUAAAAAAUGUAGAGGUGUGCCAUUGGUGGCAAAUGUUAUAGGGGGAACAAUGUGCAACAAUCAAAAUAAAGAUGAGUGGGUGAAAAUCAGAGAUAGUCCUCUUUGGGGUUCUCUAGAAAGCAAUGAAGUGAUUGUAGGUGUUUUGAAAUUAAGUUUUGAUCGCUUGCCUUCUCCAUCUUUAAAGAAAUGUUUUGCAUAUUGUUCUGUUUUACCUAAAGAUUUUCGCAUCCAAAAGGAGCAAUUGAUCCAGCUUUGGAUGGCGGAAGGCUUUCUUCACCAAUCCAAUGGAAGUUCCCAGCUGGCAUUUGAGGAUAUUGGUAAUGAGUACUUCCAUCACUUAUUAUCAAAUUCCUUAUUGCAAGACAAGGAGAUGGAUAUGGAUGGGUUCAUUACAUGCAAGAUGCAUGAUUUAGUUCAUGACCUUGCGGAAUCAAUUUCAGAUGUAGAAAAAUUAAGUUAUGAAACCAAUUCCACUCAUCAUAAUUCUCAUGAAAAUGUCCCUGAUAUUGGUGUGAAACUGUGGCAUUCCUUGUUCUUGAAAACUAAUGCUUUCUCCAUUGUAUGCAACUUCAAAGGCGUACGGGUUCUUAAUUUUUGUACUGCCUAUAUUGACUCCUUGCCAGAUUCGAUUAGUAGUCUAAUACAUUUGAGAUACUUAGAUAUCUCAAGAACUUGCAUAAGUAGAUUACCAGAAUCCAUUACCCAGCUCUACCAUUUGCAGACGUUAAGAUUGCUGAAUGUUAGGCAACAUCUACUAGCUUCGGUGCCUUUUGCAAGACCUUAUCUUGGAAAACUUCCUGAAGGAAUGAAAAAUUUAGUUAGCUUGAGGCAUUUAUAUAUUGAUCAUCCGAGUUAUGUUCCUGUUGAGAUUGGAUGUCUAACUAGUCUUCGUACUUUGCCAGUAUUUGAUGUGGGCACAGAAAGUGGACGUGGAAUUGGAGAAUUGGGAUGUUUAAGUAAACUUGGAGGAACAUUGAAGAUAUUUAAUCUCCAAAAUGUUAGAAACAAAGAAGAAGCUAGGGGAGCAAAGCAAUGGAAGAAGGAGAAACUACUCAAGUUGGAAUACGAAUGGAGCAGGGGAAGGGAAGAUUGCUGUAACGAUGAGGAAGUAGUGGAAGGUUUGGAGCCUCACUCAAAUUUGAAAAGCUUAACCAUUAAGGGUUAUAAAGGAGGGCAUUUCCCGUUAUGGUUGGUAAGGAGUAUUAGUGGUUCAAGUGCUUCUUUCCAACCCAUCAAUUUGGAGGACUUGACACUAUCAAAUUGUGAGAAUGUACAGAACCUUCCAAUUCUUGGGCAAUAUCCCAAACUCAAACGUCUUAGAAUAGAAGUUUUACCCAAUUUGAGGAGCAUAGAAUGCUCAGAAGUGGAGCUAACAUUUCCUUCUCUAAAAGAGUUGAAAAUUAGAUAUUGUUGGAAGCUAAGCAGCGUUCCAAUAAUGAGUAGAUUUUCUUCUCUUGAGGAACUUGCUAUCGACGAUUGUGGGGAGUUAAGUUGGACCGACGAUACACUAUUUCCCUCUACACUCAAAAAAUUGUCAAUAACCAAGUGUUCAAACUUAAGGUUCAUUCGAAUUGUAGGGGGUGGUAUCUCUUCUCUUCAAGAGCUUUUCCUACAGGGUUUUGACAAAUUAUGUAAAAUAGAAGAGGGACUACUUGGCUCCACAUGUCUAAAAGAGGUAUGCAUUUGGGAAUGCCCUAAGCUGACAUCCAUUCCUCUAAACGGUGGAUCUCAAUCUCUUUGGAACUUUACAGUUGGAAAGUGUGAAGAAUUACAGGAGAUAGGGGGUGGACUAUCUGCUUGUACCAGGCUGGAAAAAUUAAUGAUAGAAGAAUGUCCUAAUCUGAAAUCCAUUCCUAUAAACGGUGGAUCUCAAUCUCUUUUGAGCUUUGAAGUAAGAAAGUGUGAAAAAUUAGGGGAGAUAGAGGGUGGACUAUCUGCUUGCACCAGGCUGGAAACAUUAGAGAUAGAAGAAUGUUCUAAUCUGAUUUCCAUUCCCAGUAUAGAUGGCUUCUCCUCUCUUUUAAGUUUAACACUGUACGGAUGCAAAGGAUUAACAAGUCUACCAACUGGAUUGCUUGCCUGUACUUCUCUUGAGUAUUUGUCCAUAUGCAAUUGCACAAAUCUGGAGUCAAUUCCAGGAGAGAGCAUUGACAGCCUCACCCGUUUGAAGACAUUGGUAUUGGGUCCCUUCUCAGAAGAACUUGAAGAAUUUCCACUUCUCUGUUCCAUCCACAACCUCCGCUCUCCCCUUCAACACUUGAUAUUGAAUGGAUGGGAAAAACUAAGCUCGCUGCCACAUCAACUUCAACACUUCACCGCACUUGAGAAUUUAGAGAUUUCCAACUUCCACGGAGUGAAAGCUCUGCCAGAGUGGUUGGGAAACCUCUCCUCUCUUCGAGAAUUAGAAAUUCGGUAUUGUGAGAAUCUAAUGCGUCUGCAUCUAAAGAAGCCAUGCAAUGCCUCUCCAAUUUGCAGCUGCUGUCUAUCGAUGGUAGUCCUCUAUUAAAGGAAAACCGAGCCGAGCAGUCCAAGAUCUCCCCAUUCCAGAAAUCUACAUUGAUGGAUGAGGCUUCCAAGAGUUCUGAUGAAGAACCUAGUUGAUCACAUGGGGAACAAUGUGGCAUCAAAUUUUCUAAUCACACUGCAAAAGUUCGUUGUCCCUUUGUUUCACACCAUAAAUUUGGACAGAAGAAUGCACUAGAGUGAUGAAGCUUAGAGUUGGAUAUUCAUCUGACACUGGAUUUUAUAGAGCGGAAAUGUGAGAAUUCAAUGCAUCUGCCAUUUAAGGAUGCCAUGCCUCCUCUGUAAUUUGCAGACAUUAAAAUUUUAGGUUAUCCUCUAUUAAACAAUAGCUUCGGGGAAGGAAUUGAGAAGCAGCAUUGCCUAUAGUUCAGCAAUGGUGAUCUUGCCUUAAUAUUUGAAAAAACAAUUCAGAAGGCAUCGAUUACUUUUUUGCUUUGGCUUUGAAUUUGUAAAGAACCUGAGAUUGUAUACUAUUUCAUUGGAUUGAGAUUUGGCUAGACAAUCUUUGGAUGCAAUCAGUUUCCCAAACCUAGCUCGCUGAUAUACAUAUACGAUAAACAAUAGGUUUGUUUCUGCAGCACCACUCCUCGAUUCAGAAGCAUAGACCGGGAGAGCUGAGGUUUCAAUGAUCUCAUGAACUACCUUUUGAUUUUUCUGACUCAUAUUUGUCUGUUGUGAAGGAGUGACGCUAGCUUAAUUACACGCUAAACAUGAUGCUUAUGCAUAUGAUGCCGCUCCUUGAUGCGAUGAAGCUUUUGACAGAAGAAUGCACCAGAGUGAUGAAGCUUAGAGCUGGAUAUUUAUCAAACACUGGAUUUUAUAGAGUGGAAAUGUGAGAUGCCAAUGCAUCUGCUAUCUACAGAAGCCAUGCCUCGUCUGUAAUUUGCAGACAUUAAAUAUUUUAGUGGGGAGGAACUGAGAAGCAGCAUUGCUUAUAGUUCAGCAAUGGAGAUCUUGCCUUAAUAUUGGAAAAAGCACUUCAGAAGGCAUCAGUUACAUUUUUGCUUUGGCUUUGAAUUUGUAAAGAACCUGAGAUUGUACGGUAUUCAUCAGCUUGAGAUUUAGCUAGACAAUCCUUUGGAUGUAAUCAGUUUCCCAAACCUAGUUUGCUGAUAUACAUAUAUGAUAAAGUGAGUUAACUCCUCAUAAAUUUAAUAUUAUAUCAAUAUUUUCGUUUUCAUUGUGAACUAUUGUACUUAUCACUGUUCAAUAUAAGCAAUAUGACCUUUAACAGCUCGAGGUUCUGUUUCAGUUUGUGCCACUAUCUAAUAUGUGAGACAUUUCACAAUAGCAAUAGGUUUGUUUCUGCAGCACGACACCAGGACAUAGAAGCAUAGACCAGGAGGGCUGAGGUUUCAAUGAUCUCAUGUACUACCUUUCAUUUUUCUGACUCAUAUUGGUCCGUUGUGAAGGAGUGAUGCUAGCUUAAUUCCACGCUAAACACGAUGCUUGUGCAUAUAAUGCUGUUCCUUGCUGGUAAAACUUGCUUUGCUUUUUCCAUUAUUUUUUCUUUCAGUUUGGUGGAGCUAUAAAUUACUCAUUGCCUGGAUUGAGCUUUUGAAUAACCUGAGAUUAUAUGAUAAACAAUGUGAAAUAGCAAUUCAUGUGGUUUUCUUUCAUGCUUGCUUAGACAAUGGUUUGAAUUUAUGUGUUUUCUGAACAAUUUAUUCCAGUGACUAACCAUUUUGAUAUGCUUUUCUAGAGGAGCUGAAUUAUGAAACUGAUUUAUUUGUGUUUUUUGAACUAAUUAAGCAUUAUGAAUCAGCAUGGAGUGACUUCUUUUCAAAACAAUGUGAUUCACCUGGGAAACACAAGUACUGGUGUGUUCUUAGAGGAGCCAGAUUCCACCAUCAAAUCAAGGGAUAUUCCAUACCUCGAUCUGAAAAAACACAAACUCCAGCAUCAUUUCGUUCUAGCAUCAGUUGUUUUUCUCUAUCAGGAAACUUUUUGUUCGAAAGUCAUCCUCUUUUCCCAAAUAUGUUAAUUGUGUUUGUCUUUGUUUAAUUGUUGUGGCAUAAUAUUGUGGGGAAGGAACUGAGAAGCACCAUUGCCUAUAGUUCAACUAUUGAGAUCUUUUCUUAAUAUAGGCAAAAGCACUUCAGAAGUUAUUCUCUUAUGUACCUUAGAAAUAAUAGCAACAACUAGGGUAUACCUUAGUUGACGGAAAUAUAUAUAGCCUAAGAAAUGUAGUUGAUGAAUUUAUUAUACGAAUUUCCUUUCAGGAAAUGAGAGCAUUUUAAAAUUUUUGCUUAUAGCACAUUGAUAUUGGCUAUUAACAAAUAAUCUAAUUAAUGGCAUAGAAGCUGGUGUCCUUUGACGAUUAAAAUCAGAAUGCAUAACACCUUUGUCCUUUUCUUUUCUGUGUGAUUGUUGCAUUAAGUUAAGCUUGAUUGUGGCAUUAUGCAGAUGAUCCUUCGAAGCUCAUUCAGACAGUGAAGGAUAUGAAGGAAACACAACAGAUCACAAGACUUCUGUCGUUUAUUUUCUAUACUAAGGAGGCCACCCUUGUUUUACAUUGUUAGUAAGUAGAAAAGUUGGAGAGCAGAGAUUAUAAGCAUUUCAUGAUUUAACUGCUGCAGGGUUUAAAACCAUUCAAAUGCAGGCACUGUUUUCUAGCAGGGAAAUGCAGCAAUGCGAGUGGUAGAAGGCAUCAUUUACAUUUUUGCUUUGGCUUUGAAUUUGUAAAAGAACCUGAGAUUGUAUAGUAUUCAUCAAAUGGAGAUUUAGCUAGACAAUCCUUUGGAUGGAAUCAUUUUCCCAAACCUAGGUUGCUGAUGUACAUUUAUGAUAAAUAGCAAUAGGUUUGUUUCUGCAACACCGCACCAGGAUUCAGAAGCUUAGACCAGGAGGGCUGAGGAUUUCGAUGAUCUCACGUACUACCUUUUAUCAUUCUGAAGUGAUACCAGCUGAAUUACAUGCUAAACAAGAUGCUUCUGCAUGACAUUUGUUGGACCAGAGGCCUAACCUAUGGCUUGAACAGAUCCGCGUAGAAAGUGGAAACUGUUCUAUGGCUCAACGGAGAUAUGUAUGAUUCAUGGAAUGCUUUCUGCAUAUUGGAACCCAGCUUCUAACUAUAAGAUGAUUGCACUAAAAUGACACUGGGAACUCAUGCCAAUCCUUGAUGAUCCCUGAACUGGAUUUUGAGAUCCCUCCUGAGGCUCAACGUGGAAUUCUGUCAACACUAUCUAUUUGAACCCUCUUGCCUAAUACGUUUAUGCUGUAGUUAGCUUUUGAGUGGUUCACACAAAGCUAUUCUAUCCACUUUAUCUAUUUUGGGUUUUCUUCCUCCCUUCUUUUAUUUUUCUGACCAAGUCAGAUAUUGUCUAAUGGUUCUGGGUGGAAGGAUUAUUAAUACGUGCUAUAGAUGGACUACAGGCCCUUCAAGAAGAACGCAAGAAGGUGGAUCCUCAAACUGCAGAAGCAAUUGACCAGUUUUUAUUGAAUUUGAGAGCAUGUGUAACAGGAGAUUCACCCUUCACCUUCAUCCUUGAUGACCCAGCAGGAAACAGCUUUAUUGAGAACCCGUUUGCUCCAUCUCCUGAUCCAUCAUUGAGCAUCAAAUUCUAUGAUUGAACUCCAGAACAACAAGCAUUGGGAUAUCUUGUUGAUUCAUCACAGUUGAAUAAGCCUGCUGCCGGGGCAUCUAUGGAGGAAACAAGCAAUGAAGUUGAUCAGAUAAGAAGCAACCACAUGGAUCAGUAGGGGCAGCAGCUGGUUAAAGGGCCAUUGCUCAGAGUAAUAGUGCUGAAAUCGCAAAGGCUUUAUUCCAAUACUUUGCACCAGAAGAGGUGAUGACUUUCCCAUCAACAUGUGGAGCUUGUGCUGCUAGGUGUGAGAUUUGGAUGUUUGUAACCAGUAUCCUCCCUGACAUUUUCUAUGGUUGCAUUUCUGGCAAUAUGGUAUUUCUGCUUCAUGUUUUGCUCCAGUUUAGGGCUAUAAAUAAAGAGCGUAUGCAUAUCUGUUUGGUAAGUUGCAAGUGUCAUUGGUUUCUAGAAAUGGUUUGAUUAAACUGCCUAUUUAUUUUGUUCAUGAUGCUUCCAAUUCUCAUCUUGCUCAUAUGAAGUAUGCAAGUUGUAGAUGUUUCAAAUUGUUGACGUGUUGUUUUUCUGUGGGAAAUGUUUUCUUCAUUUGAGUUAUGCACUGGUGAAAUUAGAGAUGCUUGUACCCGCACUCAACUUUCCUCAAUACUUUGAAAAAAAUUAAAGUUCUAGUUCUGCUCUCUAUUGAAUGGCUGACAUUCAUGAGAAAAUUGAGUUAAAUAGUCCUGGUUUUAGUUAAGUAAUUAACAUAUGUCUGAUUUCUCCUUCUGUUCUUUUUUCCCCAUUUCUUUGCUUGCAUUAGAACAUUUUAAGCUAUCAGUACUAAAUCUCUAUUUCCUUAAAGAUAAUCCAUGAGUAUCUACAUUUAGAAGGUUGACCUUUAUCCCUUAAAUGAAUUUAUCUCAUAUGAUAGCAAUUCCAGAAGGUCGAGUGGAAAGUGAAUUAGAUUCUAGUGGGUCGUAGUCAGUUAAAUUUAUUGUCAAGUUGGGUGUUGGUCCUUGUUGAGCUGGAAAGAUGCUUGCAUCUCACUAGGAGCACAUAUUCCCCCCUCCUGGCCUUUUGAUAACUCAGUUAAAACAAUCUUCUUGCUAAGCCUGUUCAUCUGAAUUGUUUGUGCCCAUAUCAUGGUGUCUUGCAAAGUUUAUCUAUAAUUUUGUUGAGCUUAACCACGUACAGGGAUUCCAUACUUCCAAGAAGUUAUUGUCAUGGCAUCAACUGUGAUGCUUAUGGCUAUCGAAAUUCUCAGUUGGUGGUAAUUUUACUUGUCUAAUGUUUUUUCUCCACUAAGUUUGUUUUUAUUAACCAUGCUUACCUUGCAGUUGAAGCCCGGUGGACGACUUCCUGAGAAGGGAAAGAAAAUUACCCUGUGCGUGAACAAUGUUGGGUUUGUUCUGAUAGUGAACUCAAUAUUCUUUUUAGGAGCAUUGCAGUAAUGAAUAGUUUCUCAACAAAAUAGGGAAAUUGCUGCUAUUCUGAUGUUCGUUAGUGUAAGUUAACUCUAUAUUUAUGUGCCCAAAUAGUGGUUUUCUUUUAAUAUCUUCCCUAUCCUACUAUCAGAUCUUUUUUUUUAUUUUUAAUUUUUAUUAUGGUUGAUUGUCUAUUAAAUCCAGAAAAAGUAUAUUGUAAAUAUUAUUCAGUUUAAUCAUAAUAGUGACUAACAUGAUUGCCAAAAUCUAGACAUAUUGAUUAAGAGAAUACUGAGCCAGAGGAUGAAAUACUACUCUUUUAAUCGAAUAUUCAGAGUUUAGAUCCUUGUGGGUGUAAUUUGCUGAGGUAUAUCUACAGUCGAAGUUAUAUUUAGGUUAAAGCAGACCUCUCUGGGAAGGGAGUAGUAGCAAUUUGUACAAGUUGUGGAUUUGUAGGAUUCUGAUAGGUUGUGAGUGUUCUUGUCCUGAGGAAGAGUUGAAAUGAGGACCUCAUCUUUGGGUUUCAUCUUGCCGUCAUACAUGUAAUUAACAUUUCAUGGGAUGGAGAGGACAUGUUUUUCCCUUGUCAUUUUUUCUGUGCUUAUGGUAAGUUAUCUGACAAGCAGUCUUGUAAGUGUAUCAGUCAGAUACUGAUUGUGUAAGAGUACCAGAACUUGACUUGGAGCUAGCUAGUGUCACACUUGGUGCGAUUGUUAUAACAGUUGAAGGUUUGAUUACAAAAAUUAGUGAAAGUGAGUACUGCUUUACUUAUUUAACUUCUCCAUGUUAAUUUUCUGUUUUCUUGCUGGUCCUGUUAUAUAUAGUCCUUCUCUUUCAGUGUUCGCUAUGUUUGAGCACGUCACCGAGGAAUGGUUCACUUCUCAAUCUGGUUUGGACAUGUUUCAGAACAGAAGGAGGCCAGAUUUUGCCUUGAAAGAGUGCAUGGAUUUACUUUUGGAGAUAGUCUUGAUGAAUCUAAAAAUCCAAGUGGCUAGACUUUAAAGCAAGGUUGAAAAGGAUUUUGUUCAUGGCAGAACCUUGGACUUUAAUUCUGGACAGCAACUGAUGAUAUUAAAGAUGACUAUCAGUUAAUUUGUGAGUUUCUCUUCUGCCAAUCUUGACAAAGAACUGCUGUCCAUUUUGCUCUUCUUUUUAAUAAUUUUUCGUUGGACUUAAGUAGAUUGACCUUUUAUUGGAAGGGAACGCCCUCAUUGUUUUAUAUGCUUUUAGGAAGAAAAUAAAUUUUUUUUUUGUACAAUGAAAAAAGUCAAAUUGGAUUUUAGU